CUCUUUGUAGUUGUGGCCAUCCCAAACUACGCCUCUUCAGUCACGCGUCAACAUGGCGACGUACGGAAAAACAGGGCGAAGCGGAUGGGAUAUUUAUACAUUCUGCCUGGUUAUUUUCCUGCAGCUGUUAAUCAGCGACUGUUCUUCCGAUCCCAAUCAAAACGCCCCAAACGGCUUGAAUCUAAAUCAAAGUUUGGACCAAGCUGCAGAGGGGGUUUCUCAUGCUCCAAUUAACCAGAGUCUCACAACUAAAGUGCCCCUGACGGACCUGCCAGCACCUGCUGGCAAUGAAACCGCAGUAGUACAAGCUGCUAAAGACAACAUCACAACAGCUGAUAAACCAGAGUCCUCUUCAGCAAAUAAGAAAGAUUCCUCUGUCACCAUAAUUGGUUCUUCUGCUGACGCACCCCCACAGGGUUCUGCAAGCAAUAAAACCAUAAAACCAUCAAAGAAACCGACCCCUUCACAAAUGGCUCCUUCACAAACCACUCCACACCCUGUUUCUGAAGCCCCCACUGUCAAAGAGUUGGAAACAGUACAACCUGAAACAGAGGAGCCUGAAGUACCUGAAACUGACUUGAAACAAAAAAACACACUAAACCCAUUCACAGUCCCGGAGCAGAAUGAGGACACAUCAGAAACUACCACCACUCUGGGUGAAGGUAUGGACACGGAAGAUGACGAUGAGUAUGACUAUGGAGAACCUAGAGAUGCAAAAGACCAAAUUGAGACCAAGCAGCAUGUGGAAGAAGAGGAGUUGACCCGUUACAAGGGAGCUGACAGCUACAACGUAGAGGAUGAGGACUCACAUUUCUUCUUUCAUCUGGUCAUCCUGGCCUUCCUGGUGGCCAUUGCCUACAUCACCUAUCACAACAAGAGGAAGAUCCUCCUCCUGGCACAGAGCCGGCGGUGGAAAGAUGGUUUAUGUUCUCGCAAUACAGUGGAGUAUCACCGCCUGGACCAGAACGUCAACGAGGCCAUGCCGUCCCUCAAGAUGACCCGAGAAUACAUUUUUUGAUCAACACUCAGAGGACCAGUGUAUCACAGAGCCUGAUGACCUUCUUCGCGGGUCUUAUUAUCGACAUGCUGCGCUUUGUUGUGGAUGCUUUCUCUCGCUUUAGAAGCCAAUAAAAAAAAGCAGGGGCUGUGAUUUCUUUGAAGUAGAAUUAAGUAGAUGUUUGUUUAUCUGGUAUUUUAUUUAUGUUUUUUAUGUUAAUUGCUAUUUUUCUAAAUGAAUAACUUACUGGGAUUUGAUAGUUGAUUUAUCAGAGGUCUUUAUUUGUCUUUGUUUUUGAGCAUUUUUGCCUUAUGGUCCUAUCAGACCUCUUUGUUUUCUCUCUUGCAAUGUCUUAAUAUUUUUAAUGUCGGGGAAGUACAUGUUAGUUACUUUUCAGUCAGAAUGUCAUUCCUGGUUGUUAAUAGUUUAUUAUCAGAAAUUAAAAACAUAUUUCUCUCCCAGCAGUUAGCCAAGAUAUGAAUUCCUCUUGUGAAAGCAUAUGGAUACAAACAAAGCCGCCAUCUAUAAAAAGCUAAAAGGUGCACAUGUACAGAAAUGAGCACAUUUGAAAUGGUUCACUACUCUUUUUGUUUUUUUAAAAAAAAUAUUUUUAUGAAAGGCAAGUCAGGCAAUGUCAACUUUAAAACACUGGCAGAAUUAUUAUCUAAAAUUACAAAUAUAAGCAUUUUCAUUUAGAAUGUAAGUUUUUUUCCUCCAAUUUAUAGAAAAUAUUCUAUUUUUCAAUCAUUUCCUAUGUUUCCAAUUACACCAUUGAAAAUACAUAGAAAAGGUUACAUCGUUGUUAUAGUUUUGAUUAGUCAUUAAAAUCAUUGAAAGUUUACAAAUUCAUCUACACAUAAAACAUUCAGGUGAUGGGUAAUCUCAUGGUGAAGCCAUUUAAAUGUAGAAGGAUGGUGUGUAUUGUUCAGGACAGAAUGUACUAUAAUAUUGUAUCAUAGAAGCUUUCAUUACCAGAAUUUUAUUUCCUUCAACACUUUAUAUUAGAUGACAAAGUACCUCUUCCGCAUCUACUGCCCGGAUUUUGCUAUGCAGAAAUCCUGUGGCCAGCUUUUCUUUGUUUUAUGACUUCGAUGAAGUCUCUGUCAACACAAGUUCAUUUAUGCAAAAGUGUAAUUACUGCAUUCCCUGUUACACACACACACACACACACACACACAGAACUUUUAAUCAUAUUUACCACCUGUCUGUGAUAGUAAACUUUUAUUCCUUAUUAAAAAAGUGCACCCUC